UGUUUUUGACAUUGGUAGAAUUAAAGUGCAAUACACUAUCAAAUUGAAACACGCAGAUCAUGAUUUCAAGUGUAAACCCGGAAGAUAAAUUUCGUUGUGUCAAGUGAGAUAUAAAUAUUUAUAUAUCUACCGUGCAGACGAACAGUUUAACAAUUAAGGGAAGUUGUGAUAUUUGAUAUCUGUGUAUGGUAGAAAAAAUUUCAUUUUUUUUAAGUGAUCACAGGUCAAUAAUGAAUAUACCGGAAGGGGAAAACGUCUGCUGUGCUUCUGAUCUUUUCGAGUAUGACGAGACAAAGACGUUAAAUCUACGAGAGUUUUUCCUGCAUCACAAAGAUAAGUUCCCAAUGUUGAUUGUUAUUAUAGGCGGUCACUACGGGGAGACAAAAUUUGAUUGUUACGAUAAUCUACAGGUAUUGCGUGUUCACUGUUAUACAUCUCAGCCACGUGUUGUAGCAGACGACGCUAGACUAAAUCCCAGACACCAGAAAGGUUACAUCACAAUACCGGAAGAUACCCUGAUAAAAUUCAGAGUCGUUAAGGGACACACAAAAUUGGGAAAUCCGCAGCCACUGUCGGAACUACUGGAAGAAAACAACCAACUUCCGAUUCUGGUACAGAUGGCAUGCGACUCCCGGUACCCUGUCAGGAUCGGCACUACUAAAUACCAUGCUAACGAUUUGGGUAACAUUAUGAUUAAAGAAAAAUACGAGGAACAUUUCUUUCUGAUGAAUGCCAUAGAUACAAUCGAGCUAGAUAUGAACAAGUUAACAUGUAUGGCAUGCUUAUCUGAAGACCUAGAUGCUACGCCCAUUACGGGAUUCAAAUACGGGUCAAAGGAGGAAUUUGACAAAUUUUGCCGGAAACUGUCGAAGGAUGUGGCGGAAAGUGGCGAGUCAUAUGAUACUCGCCAAGGCAAUAACGAUUUUGGAGAACAUUCUUUUGAUGAAAUGCGAAGACUGUUAGAGAUAUCUAACUGCGCAACUGGUUUAUUGAGCGAGGAUCAAGAGGCAGAAAGUUUUGGUUUUGAGGAUGACUAUUACGAAGAAAUGCCACCUAUUGUUCCGUCAAGAGUUCCUGUUCAACCUCAAAUAACGAUAGAAGCAGGCCAGCCAAACAUAGAUAAAGCGAAAACAGAAAACACUAAACCAGCUCAUAAAAACAAACCGCCUGCACGUUCUUCCCCGAAAGUUCAACGAAAAGAUAAAAAUACAAAAUCUCCCUUUGGAUUUUUCAAACGGAAACAUCAUAAUGUUAAAGAAAAUGAAGAUCCAUCGGCAAAUGAACCUGAAUUGCCAAUAGAAAACACCGACACAAAUGAAACUCUUAACUCAAACAUCGGUCAGUUACCAUCACCACCGAAAGUUCCACCACACGUUAAAAAGAUUGCUGUAACUGAAAGUGACACGUAUUCGUAUGCAGAUAUAAAAGCUGGUUAUGUUACGUUAGAAGCUGCUAAUAGAUCAUACCAGAACACAAAAAUAGGCAGAGCGACUGUGAAACCAAUGCCGGUUGUAAGUAAAGUUGAUGAGGAUUCCAAUUAUAAAGGGAUGGAAAUAAAAAACAGAACCGGAGUACAAUCCAAUAUAGAUCGACCUGAAGAUGAUCAAAACACGGAUAAUGUUUACACAGAGAUGGCAGUAGAAAACGAUCAACUCACAGAACAGUCCGAAGAACCGUCAGAAGAGUAUGGGAGUAUUGGAUUUACACAAAGUUACAACAAAGGAUACACGAAGCUGUCUCAAGCACCGGUUUCACCACAAACGCCGUCAGAACAAGAACAUAAAGUCUUCAGUGACAUAGAGAAACAAAGACCUGAGAAUGUUAAGGAUGAUGAAGAUUUGAUAAGCGUCAAGGCUAUGUCUAUAAAUGAAAUUGGUGAACAUCUAAAAUCCUUGAAACUUGAACAAUAUACUGAAGUCUUUAAAGAAAAUCAAAUAGAUGGCUUAAUACUAGCUAAUCUUAGUGUUGAAGAUUUACAGAACGAACUUGGUCUCCGGAAAAUAGAAGCCAUCCGAUUAAAUAAGUUUGUUACAGCAGGCCAUAUUCCUAGAUAAACACUGACGAUUCAAAUCCGUUUUAAUUAAGUUGUAAUCAAUAAUGUUAACCAAGGUUAUUUAUCAUCAUUACAUGUGAUAUAUGCAAUAGAAAGAGCAUCGAAACACGAGGCUAUCUGAUUUGUACGAGGGGGCGUAGCCCUCGAGUAUAAAUCAGAUUGCCGGGUGUUUUGAUGUCUUUUCUCUUUUGUAUCAUAGCCAAACAUAAAAACGCGUUCCCUGAUACCACAAUAUGAAACCCCACAAAAAAGUAACCAAUGAACGAGCAUCUGAAUAUGAUAUUUCCAUCGCUAUCCGUUUCUCUGUCGUCACAAUAUGUAAACCCCGGACAAAAUGAACCAAUCAAUAGUGCGUGUAACUAAUAGUCCUGCUGCACUCCAGUUAACGCACUGUGCAUGUAUAUGUAUACGAUUUUACUCUGUCACAUUUUCAACAGAAAGGUCCCCAAACUAUGAUACAAAAGGGAUGUGUACCACGUGUUCCGAUGACUGUUGUAACAAAGUUUUUGCUACUUCUCAACUGAAGCAGAUUUUACAGUAAUUUAAUGAAUCGAGUUCUUUUAAAUCGGUUCAGUUUGUGAACAUAUUGUCACAUGUUUUUGAACUGUCAUAGUUUUGAAGAGUCGUCAGAUACUUUUAUGAGCACUAGUAUUGACAUGAUUGUAUGCUUAAAGAUCCUGUAACACAAUUUCUUUUUAUGGUUUAAUAUCAUAAAUAUGACGCUCAAAUUAAGAUUUAUCAUCAAUUUGUAAGUUCCAAAAAGCAUUAUUUAUAAAGAUGUUACCGAAUUUAACAUUUCAUGUAAAUAAAGGGAGGUAAUAAAAAAUAUUUUCUAUAAAGUCUAAAUCAAAUUUUUCAAUAAAAAAUGAAUGCAUAAAUAUAUUUUAAUGAUUACAUAUGAAAAUGUACAAAUAUUUGCAGUAUAUAUUUUACAUAUUCUUUUAUGCUUGAAAAUUGUUUUAUAAGCAUAAUUAUAUACAUGUACAUAUAUAUAAAAUUUCAAAUUAGUGUGGUAUACAACCUCAUUGGGGUCCGUACUCGACAGCGCAAGCUGCAUUUUGUGCCCUCGCGGGCGGAUGGACCCUCAUUAAGCUUAAACUAGAAGUAGAAGUAUACAACCUCAAAUACAACAUAUUUUAACCUUAUUUAUCUUUUUUGCGAAACCCUAUAAAAUUGUUAAACUACGUGCAUUUGGUUAUCGCGGAAGGGGGAUAGUGGGGGUUAAUGGGAAAUGGGGUUGGGUAAAGUGGAAGGGGUUGGGCAGUGGUUAAGUUGUAGGACUUGCCCUUUGGGAGUGAAAUGACUCCAGUAAUAUCAAGGUCAGUGUUUAUUCACCAGAUUAAGGCAUUUGUAAAUAUGUAGUUUAGGGGGUGGGGUAAAAGUUGAGGUAUAUUUUGCGAUUUCAUAAUGGGAUUGAAACAUGUGCACUGUUAGUCAUUUGGCAAUUGCCUUAAACUGUAAAAUGCUAGAACGUGCCCUUUGUAUGAAGCAAGAACUGAAAUCUUCCAUUCCUUUUUUCAUGUUUUCCAUAAUUUUCUUUGUUUAAGCAAUAUUUAUUUUAGAUUAUUAUCAUCACGCUAGCAAUUCAUACGUCGGCAUAGCAAAUAUGUAAUCAUGCUUGUUAAUCAUUUCACUUAUCAUUUUUUUCACUAUUCUUUUACUUUGAUUUUGGAUGCAAUACCAUAACUUUGAAUUACUUUUCAUAAACGCAUUUCCUACACAUUGUCCAAACAUACGAAACAUGUAUAACUUUUCCCAAAAUUUAUGGGCAUUAAUCUUAGCCUCACUGAAAGUGAUAAGCUUUUGCAAUCAGUAUUGAGCUAGGCCAGUCUGCAUAUCCAUAUCUGCCCGUUGCUGUGCAAUACUGAUCAGUUUAUGUAUUUACCCACGCAUUCGCAAUGUGCGUGGGACAGAAAGACACCACAUUGCACAGGAAAGAAGUAGGCGUGCUGACUAACUUUAAAUUAUCAGCUUGAUAUCACAAAAAUAAAACAACGUAGACAAUUCCAAAAAUGGUAACUGGGCAAGACCAUUAAAGAAUUCAGCAGGUUACAUAUGAAUUAUUUCAUACAUGUAUUUCACUUUUCUCUUAAAUAUUGAGAGCAUUAUAUAUAUUUUAUAAUGAAUUUUACAUACAGACAACUCUUACAAAGAUCAGAGAACGAAAUCACUGUACCAUUUACAGCACGCCUAUAGACAUUUUUACACUACGAUAUUUCCUUAGAAACGGAAGAAACAUUGCGCGCAUGCGUAUUAUGCGUUGCGCAAAAAGGAUAAAGGGAAAAUACUAUUUAACAACGUCAUAGACAACUUGAUCUAAUCUAAAUUAUCAACGUUUAGUUAACAAUAAUUUAUUUUGAUAGAUAAUUAUGCAUAGGUAAAUAUAAUUCAUUAUGUAUGUUUAGUUUCUUUGUAAUAAAAAUCACAUUUUACUUCUGGCCACUGUAUCAUAUAUUGCAAGUCUAUACAAGUCAUGUUUCUUCGAUCACAGGAAGUUAAUGUGUUUCAUCAUUGUAACUUUAGAAAAAAAGACAAUACUUUGUGUCAAAGUUAUGUUUAUCAUUUAUCUCAUAUUUCACUUUUAUAUUAAUUGAGGAUAUUUUAUUCAAAUAAAAACUCAUUGUAAAUGUUAGAGCAUAAUCAAGAUUGUCAUCUGCUUUUCAUUGUUAUAUUAUUACAAAAUUAAAUCGAUUUAUUUCUAUUCUCUGAAAUAAUUCUCUGAAUAAAAUAUGAAAUAUUGUA